CAUUUUUCCCUCCUUCUCGUCGUUAGUCAUGCCCGUCGAACAAGUGUCCGAAGAAAACAAGGCAAAAGCUGAAGCUGUUAAGGCUGAAGCCAACAAGCUGUUUGCUGAAAAACGGUUCCCUGACGCUAUCGAAAAAUACACAGCAGCCAUUGAACUCAACCCCAAUGUAGCCGCCUAUUACACCAAUCGUGCUUUCUGUCAUCUGAAGCUCGAAUCCUACGGUUAUGCUAUCAGCGAUGCAGAAGCCGCCCUAGAGAUCGAUCCUGCACUGACCAAGGCCAACUACCGUCGAGCCACGGCGAAUAUGGCCCUGGGCAAGUUCAAGGAAGCCCUGAAAGAUUUGAAAGUGGUUGCCAAACGAGCUCCCGCAGACAAAGACGCCCAAGCGAAAUUGAACGAGUGUACGAAGAUUGUCAAACGCAUCGAAUUUGAAAAGGCGAUCGAGGCUGACGAUCGUAUCCCAUCGGUGGCUGAAUCAUUGAAUCCAGAUACCAUGACUGUUGAGCCCAGCUACGAUGGUCCCAAGAUCAAUGAUGAAACCAAGGAAAUCGAUGAAGACUUUGUAAAUGAAAUGGUGGAACGGUUCAAAAACCAAAAGAAGAUUCACAAAAAAUACGCAUUUAUGAUCAUCUUGGCCGUGCGUAAAAUGAUGCUGGAAGCUCCUUCACUUGUUGAUGUUAAAGUACCGGAGGAUGGUCUUCUCACCGUAUGUGGUGACGUGCACGGCCAAUUUUACGACUUUAUCAAUAUCUUCCACACCAAUGGGUAUCCUUCACCCAGUCAUGCUUAUUUAUUUAAUGGGGAUUUUGUCGAUCGAGGCAGCUUUUCGGUUGAAGUUAUUCUUACGUUGUUCGCGUACAAAUGGUUGUAUCCUAAUCGACUGUAUUUGGCGCGCGGUAACCAUGAGACGGACAAUAUGAACAAGGUGUACGGUUUUGAGGGUGAAGUCAAGGCCAAGUUUAGCGAACUCAUGUUCAAGCUUUUCUCGGAGACCUUUAAUGCUUUGCCUCUGGCGCAUGUGAUUGAACACAAGAUUCUGGUGGUCCAUGGCGGUUUGUUCUCGCGAGAUGAUGUGACAUUGGAUGAUAUCCGUAAAAUCAAUCGCUUAUCGCAUCGACAACCUCCGAACGAAGGCUUGAUGUGCGAACUUUUGUGGUCCGAUCCUCAACCUGAAUUGGGCCGUGGCGCAAGUAAACGCGGUGUCGGCAUCCAAUUCGGUCCCGAUGUGACAAAGAAGUUUUUGGAACACAACAAUCUUGAUAUGUUAAUUCGUAGUCAUGAAGUGAAAGAAGAAGGCUACGUGAUUGAACAUGAUGGAAAAUGUGUUACUGUUUUCUCCGCCCCGAAUUAUUGGUAAGCAUUCGGUACUUGCGUGAAUACGUGAUGAUGUGGGUAUUAACAUUGGAAAAACUUAGCGAUACGGUUGGCAAUAAGGGCGCAUUGAUCAAUAUUACACCCGAUAUGAAGUUAGAUUAUGUGACAUUCGAGGCAGUGCCUCAUCCUCAAGUCCGACCGAUGCAAUAUGCUAGUCAAUUCAGCGGGCUGCUUGGCAUGUAAACUGGUUAGAAACAUAUGUUUAUGGCGAAAUAGAAAAUGGUCUUUUUUUUUUCAACAAAAAACAAAAAAAAAAAUUCCUGUACGGAAACAAAUGGCCAAUGGAGAGAGUUUCUUUCAACUGGGAAAAAAA